AUGUCCACAGGCGCGCUUCUAUCGAGAGCUUUGGUCUCAUCCAAUGAGAGCGGGCGGCUGGAGCACACGCUGAGAAAGGCCAACUUCACGCGUCGAUUGCGCUGGUCGCAUGGAAAGGCUGACUGUCCCUUGACCUUCAUCGGCAUUCAAUUGCUUCCUCUUGGCUGUCCUUUGGCCUUCAUCGGCAUUCAAUUGCUAUCUCUCUAG